UAAAAAUAUCGUCUUUCCUCCUUAUCUCUGCAAUUGUGUUUCUGUCUGUUGUCUCUCUUCUCUAACAUGGCAAUGGCGACCAAUCUCUCUCUCACACCCAAAACCCUACUAUCAACCCCUAGACCCUCUUUCCUUCCCCGUUUCCAUCUACCUUGUGGUUCCCUCCGAUUCAACUCGCUGACUCGGACCUGCGCUCGCUCCGCUUCUUCCAAGCUUUCCGUUCGGGCAGCGACCGAUAGCGAUUACUCGUCGAGAAGGAGUAGCAGCAAUGAGCAGAGGGAGACGAUAAUGUUACCGGGUUGUGACUACAACCACUGGCUCAUCGUCAUGGAGUUUCCCAAAGACCCUGCUCCCACCAGAGAGCAAAUGAUCGAUACCUACCUCAAUACUCUCGCUACUGUGCUUGGAAGCAUGGAAGAAGCAAAGAAGAAUAUGUACGCUUUCAGCACCACAACCUACACUGGAUUUCAAUGCACUGUAUCCGAAGAAACAUCUGAAAAAUUCAAGGGACUGCCUGGUGUACUUUGGGUGCUGCCUGAUUCAUAUAUAGAUGUUAAAAAUAAGGAUUAUGGAGGUGAUAAAUAUAUUAAUGGGGAGAUAAUUCCUGGAAACUACCCUGUUUAUCAACCAAAGAAAAGGAGAGAACCAAAAUAUGAGAGCAGAAGAUAUGAAAGAAGGCGAGAUGGACCUCCUCCUGACCAAAGAAGGUCAAGACAAGGAGCAACUAGAUCAGAAUCAGGGUCAUAAUUAGGUCAUUAAUGUGCUACUCCAAUGACAGAUGAGAUCUGAACUGACCACAGAUUUAGUUAUGCAUUUGGAGGCACUCGACCAUGUAAUCGCUUUGUUUCGUAGAUUUUUGGUUGUGUUUAGCCUGGUUUAGCAAUGGUUCUGUAUGGCUUGUUAUAGUGGAUCUCAUAGUUGUAGAAAUUUCUAAUUGACAAGGUUUACCUUUCUCGUGGUAAUUUUGCAUCAGACUUCAAUUCUAAACUUGAUUUAUGUAGAUCAAAUAGUAGUGGUACUGUUUUCUAA